CCAAUACAAAUUACAAAGCAGGGCAAGAUUUUGGCGCCUACGUAUUGCCCUUUGAGACUCGGUGGUCUCUAUAUUCCCAAUUUAUAUUACAUGAAUAAAUUAAUCGUCCCCUUCUCUGAAAACUUAAUCUUCGUUAAUGGAGGAUUCAUCUCUACAGUUAGAUCAAUCCCUAAUUAUCUCCGGUUUCUUUCAACUUCAUCUACAGCAACCCCAAAUGCUUCAACUUCUCUUCUUUCAGAAGAAGAAGAAGCGUUUGAUCUCACUUCACAUGUAAUUCAAGAAAAAGAUUAUCUAACAAAAUCCCCAAAUGGUGGGUUACGUGUACUAGACCUAAUUGAUCAAGGGGUGUUGGAACCAGAUGGUAAAUUGUACAAUCAAUUGCUUAACAAGUGUACCCAAUUGGGCAAGAUUAAGGAGGGCAAACUGGUGCAUAACCAUUUUUUAAAAUCAAGGUUUAAACAUUAUAUGGUGAUUCAGAAUACGGCUUUGAAUAUGUAUGCGAAAUGUGGGUGUUUGGAUGAUGCACGCCAGGUGUUUGAUAAAAUGCCUGUGAAGGAUAUGGUGACGUGGACAGCUAUGAUUACUGGGUAUUCGCAGAAUGAGAAGCCGGAAGAAGCGCUUGUGUUGUUUCCGGAGAUGCUUAGAGCGGAAAUGAAGCCGAAUCAUUUUACGUUUUCGAGUCUUUUAAAGGCUGCAGGGGCGAGAACUGAUGAGCGAGAAGGCGAGCAGAUUCAUGGAUUUUGUUUGAAGUACGGGUAUGAUUUGAAUGUGUAUGUCGGUAGCGCGUUGGUCGAGUUAUAUUGUAGGUAUGAGAGGAUGAACGAAGCGCAUUUUGUGUUUGACGGUUUGGUAGACAAGAAUGAGGUUUCUUGGAAUUCGCUGAUUGCUGCACAUGCUAGAAAGAGUGAAGGAGAUAAAGCGUUAAGAGUUUUUCAAAGAAUGCAAAGACAUGAUUUUAAACCGACCCAUUUCACUUAUUCGAGUAUUUUUAGCGCGUGUGCUAGCACUGGAUCGCUAGAACAAGGAAAGUGGAUACACGCCCACAUGGUUAAAUCCGGUCUUAAACUUAUCGCUUUCAUCGGCAACACUCUUCUUGACAUGUACGCAAAAUCAGGUAGCUUUGAUGAUGCAAUACGCGUAUUUGAUAGGCUCGUUAAACCAGAUGUUGUUUCGUGGAAUUCUAUGCUUACCGCAUAUGCACAACACGGGUUAGGAGAAAAAACGCUUGAUCAUUUUGAGAAAAUGAAGAAAACCGGAAUCGAACCCAAUUCAGUAACUUUUUUAUGCGUUCUCACCGCUUGUAGCCAUGGUGGACUCUUGGAUAAAGGUCAAUAUUACUUUGAGUUAAUGAAAAAAGUAAACAUCGAACCCGACGUUUCUCAUUACGUAACAAUGGUUGACUUACUUGGUCGAGCCGGUCAACUUGAUCACGCCUUAAAUUUUAUUAACGAAUUACCGAUCAAACCAACUUCGGCCAUAUGGGGUGCGUUACUUGGGGCUUGCAGGAUGCAUAAAAAUAUGGAAUUGGGUGCUUACGCUGCUGAACGCGUGUUUGAACUCGACCCUUAUGACUCCGGGCCCCACAUUUUGUUAUAUAACAUCUACGCGUCUGCUGGAAAAUGGAACGAAGCUUCGAAAGUCCGAAAAUUUAUGAAAGAAAUCGGUGUAAAGAAAGAACCUGCGUGCAGUUGGGUGGAUAUUGAAAACUCUGUGCAUAUGUUUGUGGCUAAUGACGAUAAUCACCCUAUGCAGAACGAAAUUAAUAAAAUGUGGGGUAAGAUUAGUGAAAAGAUCAAGGAAAUCGGGUACGUGCCUGACACGAGUCAUGUUUUGUUAUAUGUCGAUGAGCAAGAAAGAGAAGUGAAGUUACAAUUUCAUAGUGAAAAACUUGCUUUGGCUUUUGCACUUUUAAAGACGCCACCGGGGUCCACAAUUAGGAUUAAGAAGAACAUUAGAGUUUGUGGCGAUUGCCAUUCGGCUUUUAAGUAUGCUUCGCUGGUGGUCGAGCGAGAAAUUAUUUUGAGGGACACGAAUCGGUUUCAUCAUUUUUAUCGUGGAUCUUGUUCUUGUGGCGAUUAUUGGUAGGUUCUUGAAAUAAAGAAAAACCUGUAACUUUGUCUAAUUUAAAAUUUGUUAGUCAUGAUAUGCAUACAAAUGCUGUGCAUAUGAUUUUGCCUUGAUUUUUUUCUAAGUUCAUUUUUUUUCUCGAUUUUGUAUUAUUAUAACUUUUUAAACUCAUAACUUUUUUAUACAGAAAACAUGUUGCUCUAAGGGUCGGCCUUGUUGUAUAGACGACCGUUGAUCUUUUAGGGUUUUUUAUGCAUCAUAUAUCUUGUUAUAAC